AUGUCAAUAGUAACAGUGCAACUUGGUCAGUGUGGCAAUCAGAUUGGUUUUGAAGUAUUUGAUGCUCUAUUUAGUGAUUCACACUGUCCCCAGGGACUCUGCUCUAAAAGAGAGAAUGAGGCAUAUCAAGCAUCUUGCAAAGAAAGAUUCUUCAGCGAGGAGGAACAUGGAGUUCCAAUUGCCCGGGCUGUACUUGUUGACAUGGAACCUAAAGUUAUCAAUCAAACACUAUCAAAGGCUGCCCAGUCUGGCCGAUGGAAAUAUGGCCAGCAUUCAUGCUUCUGUCAAAAACAAGGUUCUGGAAACAACUGGGCAUAUGGUUACUCUGUUCAUGGACCCAGACAUGAAGAAUCUAUAAUGAACCUAAUCCAGAAGGAAGUAGAGAAAUGUGACUCCUUGAGUGGUUUUUUCAUCAUAAUGAGUAUGGCUGGAGGCACAGGAUCUGGGCUAGGAGCCUUCAUUACACGGAAUUUACAAGAUCAGUAUUCCAACUCCUUGAAAAUGAAUCACAUUAUAUGGCCUUAUGGAACUGGUGAGGUUAUCGUUCAGAAUUACAACUCCAUUUUGACUCUUUCUCACUUGUACCGAUCUUCAGACGCCCUCCUUGUUCACGAGAAUGAUGCUCUUCAUAAGAUCUGUGCAAAACUGAUGAAUAUCAAGCAGAUCUCCUUCAGGGAUAUAAAUCAAGUCCUCGCCCAUCAGCUGGGCAGUGUGUUCCAGCCUACAUAUUCUGAGGAAGGCUCAUCUCACUACAGAAGAAAUCCACUAGGAGACUUACUGGAGAAUUUAGUUCCCCAUCCUGAAUUCAAGAUGCUGGGUGUUCGUAACAUUCCCCAAAUGUCUGAGCACUCCCUGGCAUACAGCACGUUUACUUGGGCUGGCCUCCUCAAGCAUUUGAGACAGAUGCUCAUUUCUAAUGCAAAAAUGGAAGAAGGUAUUGAUUGGCAGGUACGGCCUCCUUUAUCAGGAGCUCCUACUCUUGGUAAAAUGUCUGCCAACAAGAACCUUCACUUUAACACGUCUCUUGCUAACUUGGUCAUCCUUCGUGGGAAAGAGGUGCACAGUGCGGAUCUGGGGGGAUUUAAAGAUCCAGCCCUCUAUACUUCCUGGUUAGAACCUGAUAACGCUUUCAAUAUGUGGAAAACCCAACGAGCCUUUAACAAAUAUGAGAAGUCUGCAGCGUUGGUCAGCAACAGCCAGUUCUUAGUAAAACCACUUGAUAUGAUUGUGGGCAAAGCAUGGAAUAUGUUUGCUUCAAAAGCCUACAUUCAUCAGUACACAAAGUUUGGAAUUGAAGAAGAGGACUUUUUGGACAGUUUCACAUUGUUAGAACAGGUUGUUGCCAGUUACCGCAAUCUCUGAUCUUGAACAAAAGGUUCAAGGGGGAAAAUGCCUUAUGUCAUUUUUGGACUAAAAUAUUUUCAAUACUCUUUUCACUGUAUGUUUUCAAAUUUUGAUCUUUGAAAGCCAGCCAAGUCAAAUGCUUAUUUCUUCUGCAUACUAUGCCCACAGAAGAGGAGAAGAACCUUUUAAAUAGAGAAUAUCAUCUUUUCAAUGAAAACAUCUACUUGGUAUUUUCAUUUGCAAGACAAAAAAUUGGUGCUUCUAUAAAGAACUUUGGAAACACUUUGCUUAGAUGUUGGAACUCUGGAACUAUCCAAAAAGGGGAAUAUUCUGUUUUGUCCCUAUAUGCCUAACUCUUCCUUCUUCACUUCAAAAAGGAUUCAUUAAAUGUGUGCUAAAUUUUCACAGCACAAUUUUAAGUUAAGAAAUUGCAGUUCUGUAUGUAAAUGUAUUUAUCUUUGAAGUGAACGUUCUGAACCACAAGAGGGAGCUGUUGUUAAAUAUUACAGAGUGAACAUCUUGUAUAUUUUAUUCUAUAACAGGUAAGAUUUCUACCUUAAGCAGCUAUUUAAAAAUAAAGCCAGGAUUUUGUUAAUAAAUAUACAUCAUGCUUAAAUACUAAGGUAAAUGAGUAAAUGGUUAAUUUGUUUACUUUUCUUAACCUUUUUGGUUAUCAGAAAAUUGGGUUGGUUUUUCUUUUAGAUUUUGGAAUGCCAGGGCAGAAAUUGAUUUUAUUCCAACUAGUGCUUUUAACUUAUUAUAGGUAUUUAGAAGAUGGUUAUAUGCUUUUCAGUAAAAGGGGUAAGAGCUUGCACCAAAAUUUCACUAAGUUGAGAAAAUUAUCACCAAGGAAAUACUGUGCUUGAUGAAAUUGGCACAUCCAGAGGUGUCGGUUUCACUCAGGACAAAACACAAUUGAAAGUUGGCAACUGAGUUUGCGGGGAGUGGUGUACUUCAAUAAACACAUCACAUGUGAUGUAUUAACAAAUGUAAAAUGGGAAAUAGGAACAUUUGCCCUUUCUGCCAAAUCUACCAGUGGUGAUUUAUUUUUAUUUGGAAAAAUGACAGUUCACAGCUUCACUGGCUCUUCCUUUUCUUUCCAUAUGGAAACGAUUACCUUUUUUGCUGUUUUUCUUAUCAACUGUUGCUAUGAUUUAAAAUACUGAACCAUAUCUUAUUUCUAAGGAAUGUAAAAAGUGGUCUGUCUGUUCAGCUGCUAAAAGGCACGCCCCACUGCUGCAUUUUGUUAACCCAAGUAUACUUGAAAAAUAAUUACAUCAUAAUUUUUACAAAAUAACAUUAAAAGUAAUUGUUUGGCACUGAAGAGAUCCUAAGACUAAAUCAAUUUUCCAAACUAAACCAGCAUUAGUAAA